AUGCCUCAGAAUACCAGACACACGUCCAUUGUAGAAAUGCUUUCUACCCCACCUCAAUUACCGAAUUCCGCGGACUCGCCCAUUCUGUACGAGCAGACAGACAGGAAUAGCGUCGGAAACAAAAGCGACACAGAAUCUCUGCACAAGUCCAUUUCGAACUCGUCUUCGUCGUCUUCGAUCUCCACGCUGGAUAACAUGGAAUACUCAAAUUCCAACAACACUCACUCCUUGUCUACUUUAAACUCACAGAACCUGCUGUCUGUGCACAAGCAAGAAUGGCAACACACCCUGCUUUCGGACUUGGUGGAGCAGAACAAACUGAUUUUCAUCAAAGGUUCCAUCUCUGUAGAGGAGGCCUUUAAUACGUUGGUCAAACACCAGCUGACGUCUUUGCCCGUGGAAAACUUCCCGGGUGACAUGAAUUGUUUGACUUUUGACUACAACGAUCUUAACGCAUAUUUGCUUCUCGUGCUGAACAGAAUUAAAGUGAGCAAUGACAGGAUCACGAUGGACUGCCAGAACGGUAAAUCCGUGCCUGUGGGAGAGAUAGUGAAGUUGACUCCGAAGAAUCCAUUCUACAAAUUACCCGAAACGGAAAACUUGUCCACGGUGAUAGGUAUCUUGGGUGCAGGUGUGCACCGUGUCGCCAUCACGAACGUGGAAAUGACGCAGGUCAAAGGUAUUCUUUCUCAACGUCGUCUGAUCAAAUAUCUGUGGGAUAACGCAAGGUGUUUCCCCACAUUGAAGCCUUUGUUAGACUCUUCUUUAGAGGACUUGAACAUUGGCGUGUUAAACGCAUCCCGCGAUAAGCCUACAUCCAAGCAAUCCCGUGUUAUAUCCAUUCAAGGCGAUGAGCAUCUGAUAAUGGCUUUGCAUAAGAUGUACGUCGAAAGGAUCUCUUCCAUUGCCGUGGUGGACGCUCAGGGCAACCUAAUUGGUAAUAUCUCCGUAACGGAUGUUAAACACGUCACGAGAACUUCCCAAUAUCCGCUAUUGCAUAAUACUUGCCGCCAUUUUGUCUCAGUUAUUCUGAAUCUGAGAGGUCUAGAGACCGGUAAGGAUUCCUUCCCCAUCUUCCAUGUGUAUCCAACAAGUUCCUUGGCAAGGACGUUCGCAAAAUUAGUGGCCACCAAAUCUCACAGAUUAUGGAUCGUACAGCCGAAUGACAAUCAAUCUUCUGCAUCUUCCGAAAAAUCAUCCUCUCCGUCACCAAACACCGCACCUGUAACAACUUUCCCAUCGCUUGCAUCUUCCUUCCAUUCAAAUCCACACUCGUCAAGAAUGGCUAGCUCUCCAGUUCUAAAAUCUUCGGACGUAACAAACAACAAAAUAAAUGUAAAUAUAAAUUUGAGCGGUUCUCCCCCACCCCAACCACAAUCUUCAUCGGCAUCCAUGUCGCCAGCUCAGCAACAGCAAACUUCAAACAGUUCUUCGGCAUCUCCAACUCCAGCCCAUUUCGAAAAGGAGUAUAGAACAGGUAAACUGAUAGGUGUCGUGUCUUUAACCGACAUAUUAAGUGUGUUGGCGAGAAAACAAACUCAUCACAAGGAAAUAGAUCCGCAAAUGGCCAGAAAACAAAGAGGCCAUGUAGGUUGA